GGAAAGCUCCUUAACAAUAUGCCUUAGGAUCGAACCACUGCCAUCAUGUUCUCCGGCCCCCUUGCGUGGAUCAUCGUAGGGCCCAGAUUCCCGCAGCGGGCUGUGUAAGUUGCCCCGAGGAAGACGCAGGGAACGCAAAAUGGGCGUAAAGUUCGCGGUCGUCAUUCUGAUGUGUCCAUUAUUGGCUGUGCUACAGAGGGACAAAGCUGCGGAUUAUUUUCAUAACAGACACGGAUGGGGCGCACCAGAUCCGCCACGAAAGGACAGACCAUGGAAUAACUAUUACGAGAAGACUCAUCCGAUGGGUAGACAACCAACGCCUCAGAGGGACAGGAUAUCAGAGUACUACGCAAGACCACUUGGAUGGGGAGGUGGAGCUCCGCCCGAUAAGCAUUUUAACGCUGGGACCCACGUCUUGGGUCGACAACCAUCGCAUCUAGACCGAGGCUCCUAUUACUCGGGCUCUCAUCGAUCAGGCUCCUCAGAAACGCAGGUAAGCAGAGGAUCUUAUGGCUCGGGAUAUCCAGGAAUGGGUCUGAUGGGUACAGGCAUGUUGGGCACAGGCCUGGGGACAGGACUCUACGGAGGACGAGGCUAUUACUCUGGCGGCCACAGCGCUGGCAUGUCGAGUAUAAGUUCCACACGUUGCAUGCAAACGAGAGCAGCCAAAGACACCGCAGCUUGCGAAGCAAACUUGGAAAAUGAAGUCAAGAAAAUUCCAAAGGGAAGUCCCGACUACAACAAGAAAGUGUGUUGUCUUGCAGCGUCCGCAGACAAGUGCCACGAGAGAGCCACCAGAGCCGUAGGCUGCGAACAUAGGAUCCUCACCCAUGGAACGCGUUCACGCCCGUGGCUGCAACAAUACAUCGGUAGCCAGAACUGCGGGUCGCACGACUGCGGUACGCGCAUCAGCAGUAGUGUUCACAGAACUGGCUACUCUAGUGGAUACGGCUCACCCUACGGUACCGGCUACGGUAGCAGCUACGGUAUGGGACACGGCGGUUAUCGCUACCCUUAUGGAUACGGAGCUGGUUGUUCGCUCCGAGCAAUGUGGACUACUGUCACAGUUGUAAUUAUGGCUUGUUUGCUGUUCACGAAAUACUCGAGUUAGGAAUAGGAUUUAUUAUGCUACCCACUGUCUUAUCGUGUCACUGAUAGCGUGUCUAAUUUUGUGGCACUUGCAUUUGCAACAUUCUUCAGUGGAAUGAAGAGGUAUUCAAAGUCCAGGGUACCACUACCAAAAUGUAUAUUGCGCUUGAAUUGUAGUGCACUACUCGCCGAUGUGUUCCGGGUACAUCCGAUCUUUUCAUGCUACCAGCUGCGACAUUGAAUUUCCACCUGCAGACCGUGCAACUGUAGAAUGCGUCUGCGGGUGACCGCACUCGCUCGCCUGUAGUUAUGUACUCCACAGCAAAUGUCGUGUCAUAAUGUUGGAUUACGCAGUGUUUCCCAAGAAGUACAUACAACAAUGAGAAAGGAUUGCUGCAGAAUUGAGAGUGCUCCCUUUUGAUACGCGAAAGAUUGGCCGAAUAGCAUUUCUGUGCAAAAUUUCAAAACUGUUUUGUGAAUAAAGAACCUGCUGAAGUUUU